GCCCGUGAGUCUCGCGAGAGCCUCGCGGGCUAUAAAGGCAGCGCCACACGCGCCCGCGCCUGUCGUCUUCCUGCCUCGCUGCCCCGUGUUUCGUCUGGGGAAGUUUUCCCUCCGGCUGAUAGCAAGAUGUCUUCAGGAAAUGCCAAAAUUGGGCAUCCUGCCCCCAGCUUCAAAGCCACAGCUGUUAUGCCAGAUGGUCAGUUCAAAGAUAUCAGCCUGGCUGACUACAAAGGAAAAUACGUUGUAUUCUUCUUUUACCCUCUUGACUUCACUUUUGUGUGCCCCACGGAAAUCAUUGCUUUCAGUGAUAGGGCAGAAGAAUUUAAGAAACUCAACUGCCAAGUGAUUGGUGCUUCUGUGGAUUCUCACUUCUGUCAUCUGGCAUGGAUCAACACUCCCAAGAAACAAGGAGGAUUGGGACCCAUGAACAUUCCCUUGAUAUCUGAUCCCAAGCGAACCAUUGCUCAGGAUUAUGGCGUCUUGAAGGCUGAUGAAGGUAUCUCCUUCAGGGGCCUCUUUAUCAUUGAUGAUAAAGGUAUUCUUCGGCAGAUCACUAUUAAUGACCUUCCUGUUGGCCGCUCUGUGGAUGAAAUUCUGAGACUAGUUCAGGCCUUCCAAUUCACUGACAAACAUGGGGAAGUGUGCCCGGCUGGUUGGAAACCUGGCAGUGAUACCAUCAAGCCUGAUGUCCAAAAGAGCAAGGAAUAUUUUUCUAAGCAGAAGUGAGCACUGGGCCAUUUUAGUGCUCUUUUUUUUUUCUUUUUUAGUACUCCCCCUCCCAGGUUAAAAACAACAAGAAUGUGGUGUGGUUGGAGAAAAGCCUUCUCUGAUGGGUUGGUGAGGUCAGUUUGUUCUUCCACUGGUGGGAAUGGCCUGAGCUGUGUUGUAGGGCAGACUGUCUAAUGUAUAUUAUGUAUCAGCAGUCCCAGUGACUUUUGUAGUGUUUAUUAAAGUUGAAUUGAGAUCUUG